AUGGCCGGAGUGUCAGUGGCCGCCGAGUGGCAACUCCUAUACAACCGGUACUAUCGAAAGCCCCAAAUCUACCAAAUGCAGUGGAAACACGUGGACCUCAGCCGCAACAAGGUCGCCUGUGCCCCUUUUGGCGGUCCCAUCGCCGUCAUCCGCGACGACUCCAAGAUCGUCCAACUCUACGCCGAGUCCGCCCUCCGUAAACUCCGCAUCUUCAAUUCCGCGGGCCUCCCACUCUCCGAAACCGUCUGGAAAAACCCAGGUGGUCGAUUAAUUGGCAUGUCCUGGACCCACGAUCAAGCCCUUGUUUGCAUCACCCAAGAUGGUAUAAUUUAUCGGUACAACCUCCAUGCCCAGCUCAUGGAACCCAACCUACAUCUUGGUAACGACUUGUCCACACAUAGUGUAAUCGAAUGCGUGUUCUGGGAAAACGGCGUCGUCUGUCUGAGUGAUGCUUACCAGGUUUUCUGCGUGUCGGAUUUUCAGAAUCCGCGGCCAUGUAAGCUGGCAGACCCGGGGAUCGAGGAUGCUCCAUUAUGUAUGGCGGUGAUCGAGCCGCAGUACACAAUGUCUGGGAAUGUGGAGGUGCUAAUGGCAGUGAGUGAUCAUGUGUUGCUGGUUGAGGAAGAUGGGGUUCAGCAGGUGGGCAUUGGGGUCGGGCCGUUGCAGAAAAUGAUGGUUUCGAGGAAUGGCAAGUUGUUGGCUUCGUUUACCCAUGAUGGGAGGCUUUUGGUUAUGGCUUCGGAUUUUUCCAAUAUCAUUUUUGAGCAUAAUUGUGAGAUUCACUGUCUUUCUUUUGUUAGUACUAGGUCUCUUCCAUGGCUUGACCGAGCUGAUUCACAUGGCAUGAGCCAUUGGACCAGAGCUAUUUUGGCUGAGCUGAUUUGGCUUGCCAAGAAGAGCUUGUUUGGCGAGGUUUUCAACUUGGCGAAUGUUUCCUAUGUCAACUUUGAUCCUGAGUGUGCAAUAUGGGGAAAUUUUAUUAUAUUGAUCUAA